AUGGGAGGACAAAUGUUCCUGUUAAUAGCCAGCAUAGUGCUAAUCGCCCAACAAACUCAACACACAACAGCAAAAAGGUUACCCAACUUCGUGCACGUGUGUAAAAGAAAUGAUCCUCAGCUAGAAAAAUGUUUGUUGCAAACUAUCGAAUCCCUGAGACCCGAGUUACCUAAUGGGAUACCCAAAAUGCAAAUCCCGGCUUUGGAACCAAUGGUCAUACCCAUGUUGGUAGUAAAUAGAAAUGAGGAUGCUCUUAAAGUUAAAGCUACAAUUAAAGAUGUACAAGCAUGGGGUGGAUCUAAAUUUGUGAUCAACAAUCUCAAGAUAAAUUUUGAAAAGUUAAACGGUGAAGGAACUGUUCUUCUCCCAAAUCUAUUUGUUAACUGUACGUACGACAUUGAUGGUCGUCUAAUGGUUGUUCCACUCCAAGGUCAAGGAAUAUUUAGAGGGAACAUAACUAACACAAAAGCUGAUGUCAAAGCGAGUCUUGAAUUAUUAAAAGACAAAAAAAAUCGUGAGUACUUCCAAGUAAAGGAUAUUCGAAUCAAACUCAAAGUUGGAGAUGCUAAUGGAAAAAUAAUACCACAAAACAUCAACAAAAAUAACGAUGUCUUAACGGAAACUGCAUCAACGUUUUACCACCAAAACCGUCGAGUUGUUUUGGAUAUCAUCACUCCAAUUGCAGAAGAGAUUGCUGUCGAAUUUGCACUGCAAAUUGCCAAUACUAUAUUGAAAACUAUACUUUACGAUGAAAUUCUACCCAAAGAACUGCCUUGA